AGUCACAAAAGAAAAAGUCAGAAUUUUUUUGUAAACAAAAUUGAUGAUAGCAUUUCUUGCUAUUUGGCAAAAUUAAAAACUUUUUACCCAAAAAUUCCUAUUUCUUUAUAAUAUUAUUUCAAAAUAAUCUAUAAUAAAUGGUGUCUUGUAAAAUGCCAGGUGACGCAAUCUACCAUGAAAGACAACGACGUCAGCUAUGUGCUCUGCAUGCCCUCAACAAUUUAUUUCAAUCUGAUAUAUACACCAAAGCCCAACUGGACGAAGUGUGUAAAAAUCUCAGUCCUCAGGUCUGGAUUAAUCCACAUCGAUCUGUCCUUGGCCUCGGUGACUAUGACGUCAAUGUCAUUAUGACUGCACUACAGGAAAAAGGAUGUGAAGCCGCUUGGUUUGAUAAACGAAAAGAUCCAGCUUGUAUAAAUUUUGACGAAGUCGUUGGUUUCAUACUCAACAUUCCUGCUGACUAUAAAUUUGGCUAUGUUACUCUUCCGAUUAAAAAGAGACAUUGGAUUGCGGUAAGGAAAAUCGAUGAUGGACAAUAUUAUAAUCUCGAUUCAAAGCUUGAAUCGCCACAUUGUAUUGGCGAUGAAGAAAGCCUGUUGACUUAUUUGAAAGGACAACUCGAAUCCAAUGAUCGGGAAUUAUUUAUUAUAGUACAAACAAACGAAACUGAAAACGCACAAAAAUGGUUAAAAAAUACUUCUACAAGUUCAGUAGAAGAAGCAACUGAAAUUGAAGCCGAAUCAAAUUCUAAAGAAAAUGCAGUUUUGGGGGAAGAGGUAGCAUGAUAGUUAUUUUUUUUUUUUUUUUGUGUUUUUUCUUAAAACUAAAAAAAAAAACACCAAGACUAUUAGGAAUCUUAUUUUGUUUUUUCUUUUUCAAUAAAAAAAAAAAUGUUACUAGAUGCAGAUGAAAAGAGUCUAGUCUAAAUAAAAGUUAAAAAAAAAAACUUAAAUUUACAAGUUUUAGCAAUAAUAGUUAAAAAGCGUUGUUUUAAAAAUCAAAUCAAAUGCUUAGGUAAUACUAAAUACAUAUAUGUAAAUUAAAAAAUUCUAUAUUACUUAAAACAGAUAGUGUGUAAAUGUCUCUUUCUAUUCAAUAAAUACUUAUUACAAAUAUAA